UUUUCGCUCCCAAGCCGACCUGGCUCAAGACGGUGAGAAGGAGAGCAGCAGUUGUCCAGCUCCGUCCAGGCAGGUCUGAUCAGGGGCGCUCGCGGCCAUGUCCCACCGCAAGUUCGAGCACCCCAGGUGCGGUAGCCUGGGCUUCCUGCCGCGCAAGCGCACCAAGCACCACUUCGGCAAGAUUAAGAGCUUCCCCAAGGAUGACGAGAAGAAGCCGCCGCACCUGACCGCCUUCAUGACAUACAAGGCUGGCAUGACCCAUAUCGUCCGCGACGUGGACAGGCCAGGAUCCAAACUGCACAAAAAGGAGGUGGCCGAGGCCGUCACCAUCCUCGAGGCUCCUCCGAUGGUGGUCGUCGGCUUCGUCGGGUACGUGGAGACGCCGCGCGGCCUGCGCGCGCUCACUACGGUGUGGGCCGGCCACCUGAACGAGGAGUGCAGGCGUCGGUUCUACAAGGCGUGGCACAAGUCGAAGAAGAAGGCGUUCACCAAGUACAGCAAGAAGUGGGAGGAGGCCUCCAAGGGCGGAGGCGAGGGCCCCAUGGCGGCGGAGGUCGCGCGCGCCAAGAAGUACUGCCAGGUCAUCCGGGCCAUCUGCCAUACCCAGGUCACCAAGGUGAAGAUCGGCGCGAAGAAGGCCGUCAUCAAGGAGAUCCAGAUCAACGGGGGCACCGCCGAGGCGAAGGUCGACUACAUCAUGGGCUUGUUCGAGCAGGAAGUGAAGGUUGCAGAUGUGUUCAAGUGUAGCGAGAUGGUGGACUGCAUUGGUGUUUCGGCUGGCCGCGGCUUCAACGGCGUCGUCACGCGCUGGGGAGUCACCCGGCUGGCGCGCAAGUCCCACCGCGGCCUGCGCAAGGUCGCGUGCAUCGGCACCUGGCACCCAGCGAGGGUCCAGUUCCAGGUGCCUCGAUCCGGCCAGAAGGGGUACGGACACCGGACAGAGAUCAACAAGAAGAUCUAUCGCAUCGGCAAGAACGUCAAGGAGGAUCCCAACAGCGCCACGACCGAGAACGACCUGACUGAGAAGGGCAUCACUCCCCUGGGUGGCUUCUCCCACUACGGCGAGGUGAACGAGGACUGGGUCAUGGUGAAGGGUGGCGUCGUGGGCACCCGCAAGCGCGUGAUCACGCUCCGGAAGUCUCUGUUGCCGCAGGUGAAGCGCAAGGCGAUGGAGGAGAUCGCCUUAAAGUUCAUCGACACGUCAUCCAAGAUGGGCCACGGCCGCUUCCAGACGGCAGAGGAGAAGGCAAAGUUCUUCGGCACGGCGAGCCAGCCAGCCAAGAAGGCCAAGAAGGAGAAGAAGGACGAGGCAGAGGCCCAGGAGGCGUGAUGAGGAGGCCAAGCCGGCAGAGCACGUGACAAGACACCUCGCUGACAACUCCACCUUCCUCUCUCCUCCCUCCCUCCUCCCUCUUCCUUUCUCCCUCCGUCCAUUUCCCCCUUUUCUCCUCUGUACUCCAUCUAUCCUCUGAAGUCGAUUUGAUUGUUGCUGUGGCGCUGGUAACUACCGCGAACAUUCGCUCUCUCAUGGCGUCUGGGAGUGACUCCGACGUCGCAGACAGCUGCCACGACCGCCGACGACGUCGGGAGGCCUCGGGAGGCCCGCAGAGGGCUCUUCGGAGGCCCUGCUCUCGGGACCGAGGUCGCCGGAGGUCCUUCUGCUGGGCCCUCCGGAGAACCGAGUCAAGACGUCACCAUUCGC